UUUAUUUCAGUGAAGUUGCGCUGCGAGUCAGCAGCAUCGCGGCCACUAACCUUGUGACUCCUAGUUCCAUUAAACUCUUUUGAUCUAUUUUCACCUGAAGAAGGCGUUAAUGUAAGGCGAUCACGGAACGUCGUCGAUACUCUUGCCAUACUUACUGUUGACAACAACCCAGUUUGAACGCUGUAGGGUACGAAAGAGGUGCGGCAACGGUACCACCUCUGUAGACAUCCGCGUACACAUUUCCCUACGAUUUGACUUGUAUUUGCAAUUAGGAAAGCACUAGAUAGAGCGAUAUUUAUAUUUUCCAUGGUGAGCAAACCAUCUCGAGUAUCUCUUACGGAAGAGGCAGCCGGGGGGUUAUUAGCGGGCAUCGUUGGAACAGUCAUCGGCUUUCCCCUUGAUUUAAUCAAAACAAGAAUGCAAACUCACCAAGGCCAACCGGGUGGUGGUAUUUUCGAAAAUGGAUUACGCGUUGUAAAAUCCGAAGGUAUUUUGGCCCUAUACAAAGGAAUAGCGCCACCUCUGAUUUCACUAUCAAUUUUGAACACUUUCACGUUUGCGAGCUACUCCUACUUCCAAACAAUAUUUCAGGCUGAUAGGGGUUGGGAUUGGCGAAACUCAGUAGCUGGUGGAGUUUGUGGUCCGUUUGCUGCCACUGUGUCAACAGUGGAGAAUUUAGUAAAGACUCAAAUGCAAGUGGACAAUAUCUCGAAAAAGCAGUUUAUUGGAUCUUGGGAUUGUGUGACGAAGUUGACAAGAACGCAUGGCCCACUAAUACUGUACACCGGUUUCGGAAUCAACUCUAUUCGAGAAAUUGCGUUCCUUACAACUUACUUUGGACUUUACGAAGGUUUGCGACAGACAUUUGGGGACCUUGCCGGCAGGCAUCCCAUAAGCACAUGGACAAUUCCAGUCGCUGGAGGUUUCGCGGGUGCCGCUUCCUGGUUUCUGAGUUUCCCACUGGAUUGUAUACGAGCGGGCGUUCAGGGCCAGGAUAUGUCAAGUCAACGCAAAGGGUCAUUAAAAGUACUCUGGUAUUUGAUGGAAACGAAAGGGGUUAAAGGUGUCUACGGCGGAGUCUCGCCGAGUAUUGUGAGGGCUUUCCUUGUCUCAGGAAGUCGUUUCAGUGCCUAUGAAGGUGCA